CGGCGAUAAGGAAUCAGACUGAUGCUGCCUGCGUGACCCUGUCCCAUGUUUCUGUACAUUUAUUUUCUAUAUCUGGUCAUUACAAUGUCCGUCCAUUAAUGGAAGUUCCACUCAUCUGAGUAUUUUCUUCUCGGCUGUCUCUUCCAUUUCACCUUCAGCAACUCCAGUACUAGCACUGAUAGAAAUGGCACUUGCCUUCUCGCCCAUCAUCUAUUGGAUGUGAGAAUUUAUGCUGCUCGCCUAUAUAUAGGUACACAUGGCCACAGUUUCAAUGUGCUAUAGGAUGUGCUAUAAAGAUCACUCUCUUUUAAAUCCAAAAGAACUUAGAGAGAAUGUCAAGCACUCCCAGUUUGGCUUUAUUGCAAUCCAGGAGAAUUUUGGUUGUCUCUCUUUAGUUUCUAGUGGAUCAUGCAGACCAGUUGUGAAUAAUUCAACUGGUACUCUAUCAAAUUUUAGUACAAGAAAAAAUGCAAGAGUUUCUCAAGGAAUAAUUUUCAGUAGAGGGCUUUUCACUUUCAAAACCAUGACUAAACCAUUUGUCCAACAUAACAUGCACAUGGUGCUGGGCCAUCUACGAUUCUGCUCCAGUAAAGCUCUACAACAACAAAAAUCACCCAUCCUCUGUCAUGCAUUUAAGUCUAGUUUGAAUCAGAAACAAUUAGAGUCACUGGAUGCUUAUUUUGGAAAACUCAAGCAAGAUGCUAAUCGACCUUCUCCAGCUUCUUUCAAUAAGAAGGAAGAGAUUAUUGAACAAAGUGGUUCAUUCAAAGCCAAAGAGGUGCUAGGAUCACUGGAAGGUUAUUUUGGCAAGGUUGAUAAAGACGCAAAGUCAAAAAACUACCUGCCACCAGCUUCUCAUGGCGAAACUCCUGAAGCAGCAUCUCCACAUUCUGUCAGGGAGGAUUCUAGAAGAGCUGGAUGGAAGAAACUGAAGAGAUACAUGAACUUCCAAAAAAGGGAUAGUGAGGGUGGUCAAAAGAGUUCGUGCAAUGAAAUAUCCGAUAUGUACUUGAUAAGCAUGUUGGUUUCUAUAAACAUUGCAGUUUUCCUGUUUGAAAUAGCAAGUCCUAUCCGGCACUCUGACGUGGAGCUCUUUUCACUCCCUUCACUGUAUGGAGCAAAGAUAAAUCACUUGAUUCUACUUGGAGAAUGGUGGAGGCUAGUUACGCCAAUGUUUCUGCACUCAGGAAUCCUUCACAUAGCUUUUGGUUGUUGGGUGCUUCUCACUUUUGGUCCUCGAGUUUGCAGAGCGUAUGGAUCCUUCACAUUUCUAUUGAUAUACAUCCUUGGAGGAAUUUCUGGUAACUUGACAAGCUAUCUUCAAACACCAGAGCCAACUGUAGGUGGGACGGGGCCAGUAUUUGCUCUAAUUGGAGCUUGGCUAAUUUAUCAAAUUCAGAACAAGAAUGUCAUUGCGAGGGAUAAUUCUGAAGACAUGUUUCAGAAAGCUGUAAUUGCUACUGCCUGCAGCUUCGUUUUGGGCAAUUUUGGUCCAAUUGAUGACUGGACACAUUUUGGAGCACUUUUUACUGGUAUGAUUUAUGGCUUUCUCGCAUGCCCAAUUCUGCAAAUGGGUGACAGAUCUUCAGAAAGUGGUCAAGAUGAAAGAAUUACUCUCUUUGGACAGUAUGCCGAUCCUUGCAAAUCAGUUAUGAUAUUCUCCAUCUGUGUUCUAGUUUUAAGCUCCUUGCUAUUCAUCAUUGAACCUCCCCUCAACUCACUGCCAGUGGGCAGCCUCUUAUAGCUAUAUUAGUGUUCUUAGUAAGCUGUGUGUGUGUGUGUGUGUGUGUGUGUGUGUACGUGAGAGCUGUAUGUAUGUGUUGACAAUCUGUUGGAGAUAAAUGGAAAUAUAUAUGUAUAUGUAUAUAUAUAUAUAUUUGUAGCAGUAACAGUGCUGCUGGGAUAAAGUUUUUUUGAUGGGUGGUUCGAAAGGGUAGAUGGAAGCCCCUUUUACAAAAUUAUUGCAGAAUUUUGUGUGGAAAGAAACAGUGAGACUUUAGUGCAAUUUUGUUUUGGGAGACAAGGUGUAAUUGCUGUUGCAGUGUGGUACCAUUCAACUGGAUGAGAUGGUUUUUUCUGGCGUUUUAUUCAUUUGUGAGUCGGGAUGCUUGUUUCGGA